AUUAAAAUUUCAAGCAAACUCAUUGUAAAAUUAAUUUUGUUAUAGACUUUUUUCUUAAUUAUAUUUUUUUUUUGUUAUGUAGCAAAACGUUUCAUAACAUAUGAAUACAUGAAGAGUUAAAUAGAUAUAUUCUUGUAUAUCAAUCAUUAAAUUUUAAAAGAUUAUUGAUUCGAAAUCUUUAAAAAAGAUUUAGUUGUACUAACUAUUACUGACGAAUACUUUCUUUCAUACAAGGCGUAAUUAAAAUGUCGAUUGCGGAGUUUUUAGAUGGCAUGCCAUCUUUUGAUGCUAAAAAUUUUUCAAGAUUUCAUUCUGAUAAUGGUCGAAGCAAGCGGGCACCAGUUUAUAUAUCAACAAAAGAUACACCAUCAGACCAAAUUAUUGUUACUGACAAAUCCAAUUUACUGCUUCGGUACUUGCAUAACCAAUGGGAUAAGAAGCAUGGAGGAAAAAAGAGAGAUUUAACAGAAGCUAUUGAAGAAACUCCUGGUUCAUCUAGAAAACGUCCAAGAGUUGAGUUGCCAGUAAUGUAAAUUUAUUUUUUAUUGUUGUGAUUCUCUUGAAAAAAUGUAAACAUUUAUUUGCAUUAUCGUUAUUUAAGAAUAAAAAAACAAAAAAUGUAAACAAAUUAAACAUUUAUACCUCACAAUUUAUAAUAUGUAUCAAAGAAAUUUCUUUCUAUUGGUUUAUUGUUUAAAUUUUAUUCUAACAUCCUACUGAUUUAUGAUGUAUACAAUAAAUUUUAGGAACUGAUGUUUCUUUUAUAUAAAUAACGAUUAUUCACAAUAUAUUAAAAAAUAGCUAUUGUAUAUUAAUUUUUAAGUAAGCUUCACUUUUUUGUAUGAUUAAUUAGUUAUUCAUUCUGAUUAUAUGACUAACCAUAUUUUUUUUGUUUACUUAAUUUUAAGUGUAAAAUUUAAUGGUAAAUUGUAACUUUAAAAAUAUUUUCAUAACUAGCUAUUAAUAUUAUUUAAAAAUAAAUUUACCUGAUUAUUUA